ACAUCAUUGGUUGUAAUCAAUAUGGCGCAUGUUGAUAUGACAAAUUGACAGCUGUGUUUUGUCCCGUACGUUGUGAUGUUUAAUUUACAUCUCCAGACAGUUAUCAACAAUAUUUAACAAUGACGAGGCCGUUUGGUAACAGCGACAAGCGUUUUUCAAUUGACGAUGCUUUUGAGGAAGAGACUGAUGAAGCUAUAAAAGUGUACGGUGCUACUGGGGACAGAUCGCCUUUACAGAACAAAUACAAAAAUGGAAGUGAAUAUUUGUCCAGCAAAACCUACAAAUGUACGGAAGACACGACGUCCCGCGACUCGGACUCGCUGAUACACGAGUAUGUGGAGGCCACGCAGUCCAUGUACUGCUGGAACCACCCCAAGGUGCGGGAGAACUGGAAGACGGUGUGCGCGGCCGUCGUGCUGCUGCUCGUCGGGGUCGGCCUCCUCGGCAUGGGCGCCUUCGCCGUCGCUGAGCCAGAGAACGGGCUCCAGGGCGCCGUGUUCUUCGUAGCCGGCAUGAUCUGCUUCGUCCCCGGCGCCUACCACGUCGUCUACAUCUGGCUCGCCGCGCGAGGACAGAGAGGCUACGACUUCUAUCACCUCCCAUUGUUCACCUGAUUCAUUUUACUUUUUAAGUUUGUGUAAGCUUAAAAUGAGUGUAAAUUAUGCAAGGAGUUUGAAUAUCAUGUCUGGAGAUGUUUGUUGCGGUCAUUCUGUUUUGCUCUCUAAUGAAGAUAAAUCGAUCCGAUGUAAUGUAGAUAAAUGAACAAAAAAAUAAGAAUAAUAAGAGCUAGUUCCUUUAGCUUCUCUUGUUAAUAUUUAAAAAGGUUUAAAAUAAGUUCGAAAGAUGCUUCUACUGUAUACGUUAUGAUGUUGAAUGAAAUGAGGUACUAUUUAUUGAAAACUAAAUUUUAACUGUGUUAGAACGUUACUUAGAUCGACUUCAUAAAUUAAAUAUAAUGUCCAAACUAUUAACUUAUGAGAACCAAACGUAUCCGUGGAUAUUUAUAAACUCGAUGUAAAAUUGAGUGAAACCUCCGCGGAUACGGGGGACUUACUCGAUUCUUAAAAACCGAUGUAUAUAAUUAACUACAUAAUAUUUUAAAUGUCACAUAAAGACGAAAUAUUAAUAGUACGGUUAAUAAAAUGAAAAGUAUAUUUUACAAACUACUUAAAUGUUUGGAAACUAAUUACCUAGUUUAAACUAAUUUUAAACAUAAUUUUAAUAGACUAUUGAAGUGCCUAGUUGCAUAGAUACGUAGAGAUUUGAAUUAAUAGCGACUUGAGUGAGUUUUUAACCAUAAACUCUUCACUGAUUCGUUAUUACUGGAAGGGAGGGAGAUAAAUGAAAUAACAUUAUUAAAACAAAGCACUCCUAUUUAGAAGAUUAAUAGCAAUAAGUACCCUAUCUCCGUUGAUAGAUCUAUAAAAACGAUAAAAAGUAAAAAUAAAAAAAAAGUAUUUAUCGUUAAGACGGUAAUGUUUCGUUUGAAUGACAACAAAUAAGUGAACUGUUUACUCUUGAGUGAAUAUGUCUGAAGUUUUCGCCCUAUUUCCUAUAUUGUUGUCGCUAGUUUAGUAUCCAAUGUACUCGUCUAAAGGGUGAAAAGCUUCCUCAUAUAAUACAGACGUAUUCGCUCAGGGAUUGUCGAAUACUGUCCUUUUUAAUACCCGCCAUAUUCCAACGUACGGGCAACUAAUAUGACUUUCUUUUUUUGAAACAUGCUAAACUAUGUAGGUAACUGUUUGAACUUAGAAUGUCUAUGGUACUUUUAUUAACGUUCGAACUAAUUCUUAUUAUUAAGUACUGGAUAUUUACCUUAACUUUUCUAAAUCGCACUUGUCCAUUUAAUCUAGAGAUAGAUUAAUACUUGGCUUAGACAUACUAUAACGAUGGAUUAGAUAUGUAUGCUGAGUAUGUUUAGAAGGUUAAUCAAUUAUUGGAUCACGUCUCGUUGAUUAAGAAACCAGGGUCGCCCAUUCCAUAUUAUUGGUUGCGACCUAUGAGGUGCCCUUGACGAAUCGCUGUAUGAGUGUAGAAAUACAAUUUAUCUCCGUCGAUAAAUAAUAAUGAUAUCAUAGACUCGUUUUUUUUUUUCUAUUUUUUAUUAGGCAGUGAAAGUUGUUAUUCUAGUCUACCUACGUCGCGAUAUGUAUUCAGCUUCUAACUUUCUAUGUGGAUCGUAGAGAUAUUUUUACACAUCAUACAUUUUUUACUUUUGUAUGGAUUUUGAAAUCUGAAUGUGAUGUCCUAAUGUUGGCAGAAUAUUUUAAGUGCAAUACAAUUUCACAUUAUGAUAUGACGCAAUAUUGAUGACUUAUGAAUUCGAUAUUUCUGUUAUUGUGAGCGCAUAUAUAACCUUCGUGAACUUCGGAACUUAGAACAGACAAGUUUUAUAUUCAGUGCCUGCGCUCAGGUGCCAAUUAAAACGUCAUUAUAUUGUGUUUGAUUACCAAUCCGCACGGAAUAUGGUAAUGGUCUUAAGAUUUUAUAAGCAAAAGCAUCCUAUACUUAUUGUUAUUGUUACCAAGCUUAUAGUAAAUAUAUGUAUAUUUUACAAGGUUUACAUGUGUAGGCGAGAUCAGUAGGAAAAGUGACAUUGAACUGCCUACGAGACAAGAUUUUUUGUUUUAUUAAUACUGCAUAAUAGAGCGUUUUGCUCGCCGCUUAAAUACGGAACGGAAUCGAAUUAUUUAUUUUUAAUGGAACGAAUUCUUAGUUUAAAUUUUUGAAUGUUUUUUUUAAGAAUAUAUUAUUUUGUGCUAUGAAUGAGUUUUGGUAAAUUAGUGUUAGAUAUUGGUUUAUCUGUCCAGCUUAAUUAUUUUUAUUUAAGACAUGUGAGGUUUUUGGGUAUAGCGAUAAUUACGUCAUGAUUUUUUUCAAUCAUGCUUUUGAAUUUAACGGAUUUACCUAAUUAGGAUGGCCUCACGUGCCGUUAGGAUUUAUUUCAAUGAGGGUGCGAAUUUGUGCGUAUGUGUUUUAAGCUAGUUACAUACAUUUACUCAAAAUUCCGAGUUUCGUUCGCGUCCUACCCUCCAAAGAUUUUUAACGAAUAAAAAUACUAUCUCGAAAUAUUGUACUAACAAAAUUGAAUUGACGAAACUCGGAAUUUUUCAUUUAUUUCCUUUGUACUGCGCUUAGUAAUAAUAAUUUAAGGUUUAUUGUUCGUAUGUGAUAUAGUGACUGAUUUUGUAUGACAUAUCAGUAGGUAUGUUUAGUUUCUUAGACCUUCGGAAGCUACAGAGACAAUUACAUACUUAUCUCCUUCAUUCGUGUUGUAGUCAGAAAUCUCUCAUCUCUAUAUCUCAGACACGAAUCCUAACAAACAGACCAGUUACUCGAAUCAUGUUUUCUUAAUUAAGAUCAUCAACAAUUACUGUUCUAGUAACAAUGACUUCAUUCUGAAACAAUUGUCUAUAUAUUAGCUAAACUAUUGUCUCAAUCCAAAACUGACUCAUGAUCACAUUUGAAUAAUUAAUAAACAUCAAAAACAGUCCUCAUUGACUCAUCCGUUUUUUAAUCCAAUUUACGUUAGAGCAACUCUGACGUAAUAAGCAUAAUGGCGGAUUGUCUCUGUAUGGUUUCCGGACGUCAUGUGAACUGUCACUGGGCUAUUUUAAUGUAUCGCGCUAUUGUACUGAUCCCUAGGUUGUGUUCAAUGCUGGUUUCCAAUCACUGUCCUGUUCUAUACAUAUGGAAGUUGUAAAUAGUUCUUAAUAAAUUAGUCAUCUUUCCUCAAA